AUUCGAUUAAUUAAUAAUUAAAUUAGAUAUUUAAGUAAAUUAGAUAUUCGAUUAAAAUUAAGUGAAAUCUCAAAGAAUCCCAUGAUUUAGUAUAUUAUUCAUCAAACACAUAUAUAUAUUUUUAAUCAUUUCAUUCGCGAGGAGCUGGAUGAGAAGAAACUCUCAUGUCCGGUUCUGUAGUAGAGAUGGAAUUGAUAAACAACCAUCAACUAUAACCCCAAAAGAACCCGAUUCCGUAAACAACAUCGAGGAAGAAUGAAAGGAAUAGCUUUUCGAGGUAAUCGUAUUUGUUUCGGCAGAUAUGCUCUUCAGGCACUUGAACCCGCUUGGAUUACAUCUAGACAAAUAGAAGCGGGACGACGAGCAAUGACACGAAAUGCACGCCGCGGCGGAAAAAUAUGGGUACGUAUAUUUCCCGACAAACCAGUUACUUUAAGACCUGCGGAAACACGUAUGGGUUCAGGGAAAGGAUCUCCUGAAUAUUGGGUAGCUGUCGUUAAACCUGGUAGAAUACUUUAUGAAAUGCGCGGAGUAGCAGAAAAUAUAGCAAGAAGGGCUAUUUUAAUAGCAGCAUCUAAAAUGCCUAUACGAACUCAAUUCAUUAUUUCGGGAUAGUAAUAUAGAAAUAAA